GUAUCACACAACUCGCGCAACGCUCGUUGCGGUGUUUCUCCUAUUCAGAUUCGGUCGUUGUUCGGUGCUUGUUCACCUAUCGUUUGGUGUUAUUUUCUCUGUAAAUAAUUUGUAAAGAUGAGAAACUUCUUCCUUCUGGCCCUGCUGGUCUUACCGGCGGUUAUCUUCACAAUCGAUGGCGGACAUCGAAUGAUGGCAUAUGCUGAUGAAGACCCCCUGGAAGAAGAAGCUGAUGUUGAAGGAGAAGGAGAUGUUGAAGUUACUGCCACAGAAGAGGAAGAAGAAGAUGAUUCAAAAGCAAAGGCGUCACCAGACGCCGACACAAAUCUGUUAUUUAUUCGACCCGUUGUAACUGGACCCUCUCAAAUGGAAUUACCGGCUGGCGUGCCAGUUGAGUUCCUGAUCGGUUUCCGUAACAAGGGAAAGAACGACUUCAUUUUGGACACGAUUGAAGCCUCCUUCCGUUAUCCAAUGGACUUCAAUUUCUAUAUCCAGAACUUCUCAGCUAUUGGUUACAACAAGGAAGUUGCUCCAUCUCAGGAGGCUACUUUGUCAUACACUUUUGUCCCAGCUGAGGCUUUUGCUGGCCGCCCAUUCGGCUUGAACAUCAACUUGAAUUACAGAGAUAGCGCUGGAGGAUAUUUCCAGGAAGCUGUCUACAAUGAAACUGUACAAAUUGUUGAAUUGGAAGAAGGUCUUGACGGUGAAACAUUCUUCCUGUACGUAUUUUUGGCUGCCGGCGUUGUGUUGCUCUUGGUGAUCGGUCAACAAACGCUGCUUUCUGUUGGUCGUAAGAGGACCAAUCGCAAACCAACUCCAGUUGAGACUGGCACCAACAACCCCAACAAUGUUGACUUCGAAUGGUUGCCCAAACAAACUUUGGCUAACAUAAAUAAGCUGCAACAAUCACCAAAACAAUCAAAAUCGCCGAAACAAGGCGCAAAGCAAACGAAAUCACCGAAACAGAGUCCUAGACAACGCAAAACCACACGUGCCGAUUAAACGGAGGGCAGAAGCAGCGUGGAGUAACAUGACUGACCUCACAUUAACUUAUUCAUCCAUCAAUCUAAACAUCAUUCAAAUCGCGACUUUGAUAUUUGUAAGUUGAUCUAUGCGAAAAUUUGAAAGUAAAAGAAACAAUUGUUAUGACUUACUGUGUACUCGUACUUGUUGUGACGAACAACUGACAAACAAACAAAUGAUAUGCAGGGAUGUGAUUUUCCAGGUAUGCUAUAGUUCCAUGAACUUGGAUAUUUUUUUUGUAAAGCGAUGAUAACGUAACUUUCUUUUCAUGAAUUUAUGGUUUUGUGGUUUUUUGUAUGAUGAAAAGAAGCUUAUGAGAACAAUAAAAUAUUUAUAAUUA